UAGAUGGAGAGCCCUCAGAGACAGGGCUUCAGAUCCUGAACAGGACGAGGAAGAAUCAGUGGCCAAGGCUAACCGCUGCAUACCCACACUUCAUCCUCCCCACUUCUCUUCCAGGCCCCCAUGUCUGUAGGCAACGGCACUCCUUGGGAGUCAGCAGUGGGGGAAGAAGUCUGGGCGGGAUCAGGAGUGGAGGUGGAGGGCUCAGAGCUGCCCACCUUUUCAGCUGCAGCCAAGGUCCGAGUGGGAGUGACCAUUGUGCUGUUUAUUUCUUCAGCCGGAGGGAACCUGGCAGUAUUGUGGUCAGUGACUCGACCACAGCCCAGUCAGCUUCGCCCCUCUCCAGUCCGGCGACUCUUUGCCCAUUUAGCAGCUGCCGACUUACUGGUCACUUUUGUGGUUAUGCCCCUAGAUGCCACCUGGAAUAUCACUGUUCAAUGGCUGGCUGGGGACAUAGCAUGUCGGACACUCAUGUUCCUGAAACUAAUGGCCAUGUAUGCUGCAGCUUUCUUGCCUGUAGUCAUCGGGCUCGACCGCCAGGCAGCAGUGCUCAACCCACUUGGACCCCGCUCAGGUAGAAGGAGACUUCUGGGUGCAGCCUGGGGACUUAGUUUCCUGCUUGCCUUGCCCCAGCUGUUCCUGUUCCACACGGUUCGCCGAGCUGGCCCAGUCCCCUUCACUCAGUGUGUCACCAAAGGCAGUUUCAAGGCUCGAUGGCAAGAGACCACCUAUAACCUCUUCACCUUCUGCUGCCUUUUUCUGCUGCCACUGACUGCCAUGGCCGUCUGCUAUAGUCGCAUUGUCAUCAGUGUAUCCAGUUCCCGGAAAAAGAAGGGAAGCCAUGCCCCUGCCAGUGAAUUUGCCCUACGCCGCUCCUUAGACAACCGCCCUCGUGUACGUCUUCGGGCCCUGCGACUGGCCCUGCUUGUCUUGCUGACCUUCGUCCUCUGCUGGACACCUUAUUACCUUCUGGGUCUAUGGUACUGGUUUUCCCCCACCAUGCUAACUGAAGUCCCUCCCAGCCUCAGCCACAUCCUUUUCCUCUUUGGCCUCCUCAAUGCUCCUUUGGAUCCUCUCCUCUAUGGGGCCUUCACCCUUGGCUGCAGAAGAGGGCACCAAGAACUAAGUAUAGACUCCUCCAAGGAAGGAGUGUCUGAAAGAAUGCCCCAACAGGAGAUUCAGGCCCUAAGACAGCUGGAAGCACAAACAAAUGUGACACCAGGAAGGGCAGCAGAAACAAAAGAGACAUUCCUAUAACAUUCAUGUACUCAAAACAGAGUCUAUAGAAAUUGAAUACGCAUUCUCUAAUGCCCUAAGAACAUCUCCUGCCCUCUUAACUUCUAAGAAAAAGAAAUACUGAUCAGUGCAUCUACUUUACCCUUACCUGAGACUUGAUGAUAUAUAUAAUGUGGAAACUCACACUUAAU